GGAAAUACAAUUUGGCCAAGAUGGGCCGCGUCAACCCGAUGGAAAGUGCCGCCGCUGCCGCCGGCGAAAGCGAGGCCAAGCGGACUCAAAUCAUGCGUGCGAUUCUUCAGAAGGCGUUAGAUGCAUCGGUCCACAAAGCAAGUCUCAUCGACAUGUCGUCCCCUGAGCUCGAGUCCAACGGACUCCAGGUGAUACUUGGAAUUCGACAGCGGAUCGAGGCUCAAUUCGACGUACUUUGUACAAAGCACGACUUGAACGCCAAGUUCCUCGAACUUGAAAGACUAUUGGAAUGGCAUGAAAAGUCUCAACUCGGUCAAGUAGUUGGACUCACUGCACCGUUGGAGAUUUCGGCUCCGUUGACGACACCCCAACAACUCUUGCACAAGGAACGUAUGCGGCUGAUGCUGCAAGAAAAGGCGCGGUUGCAGCAGCAAUUGCAACAAGUAUGUAAACUCAGCGUAAGACAUGUGUAAAAUAGUUCUUAUUUGUGGUGCAUAGGUACACGAUACCAAUGCGAUACUCGAAGCGUCGGUGCAUGACAUCCACGCGAAAAGCACGACCAUGCUCGCAGACAUCGAGGAGCGCUUGAAUGCCUUAAGCUCAAUAUGAAUAGCAUGCACGUCCAUCCUUUCUCAUUAAUGUAGUGAUGUUGAAUAUGUGGGUGUCGUACGUACCAUCAUCACAUGGCGAGCCCACGAAGUCUGUCGCGUGCGAUUGCAUGCGCAGGAUCAAGGGGCGCGGAACGGCAUGCCGCGGUGCACACACAUAUCACUCAAUUGACUCUCCCCCGCAAAGCAUACCCCCAUCAUGAUCAUGAUCGAGCUUGG